AUGCCCCCUAAGACUAGCGGAAAGGCGGCCAAGAAGUCCGGCAAGGCCCAAAAGAACAUCUCUAAGACGGACAAGAAAAAGAAGAAGCACAAGAGGAAGGAGAGCUACGCCAUCUAUAUCUACAAGGUGCUCAAGCAGGUCCACCCAGACACCGGUAUAUCCAGUAAGGCGAUGUCGAUCAUGAACUCUUUCGUGAACGAUAUCUUCGAACGUAUCGCAGCGGAGGCGUCUCGUCUCGCUCAUUACAACAAACGUUCGACAAUAACCUCCAGGGAGGUGCAAACCUCUGUGAGAUUGUUGCUGCCCGGUGAGCUCGCCAAACACGCCGUCAGCGAGGGCACAAAGGCCGUCACGAAGUACACCAGCUCCAAUCGGUCGCCGCUCGCUCAACGUACGAACGAACAAGCGUUCGCUGUAAGUUUUUAUCGUCACUUCUCUACACACACCCACCCACAAGAAAGAAAAAUGACCGGUCGCGGUAAGGGAGGCAAGGGGCUCGGAAAAGGUGGCGCCAAGCGUCACAGGAAAGUUCUCCGCGAUAACAUCCAGGGUAUCACCAAGCCCGCCAUUCGUCGUCUCGCACGCAGAGGAGGCGUGAAGCGCAUCUCCGGUCUCAUAUACGAGGAGACUCGCGGUGUCCUGAAGGUUUUCCUCGAGAACGUGAUUCGUGACGCCGUUACGUACACUGAACACGCCAAAAGGAAGACCGUCACCGCCAUGGACGUCGUCUACGCCCUGAAGCGUCAGGGACGCACCCUUUACGGUUUCGGUGGUUAA